CAUAUCGCGAAGAUGUGCACAUGAUUUGGGAACAGACAAAACCAGAAAAUAAAGUAUGUCUGCAAGUUCUAAAAGAAGACUUGAAGAUGCUUUAAUGGUUGGGAGAGAAAUUGCUGCCAACGGCGAUGAGGAACCAAGGGAAGAAAAAAAAGGAAUUGUUGAAAAUGUACAGAAGUUUAAGCUUGGUGACGACAAUGGUGUAUUUAGUGUCCAGUUUGAUAACUCUGGAGGAAAAGCUGCUACUGGCUUAGGGAGUGGGAGCAUACAGCUAUAUUCAAGUUUGAAGCUGGAAAGGAUUCGAAAAUUACUGCCAGGAUCUUUUAUUGGGCUUCCAGUCAUGAGUGUGAAAUUUUACCCAACUACAACAAAAAACCUUUUGCUUGCAGCAGGUGCAGAUGGUUCUAUAUCUGUCUGGGAUACAGAAAAAUUAGUUCAUAAUGAAUCCAUAGAUGAGCCAGGGAAUCAAAUUGGUGCAAUGGAUUUCUCUAAUGAUGGGACAUAUUUUGCUACUGCUGGAAAAGACAAAAGUGUUCGGCUUUAUGACAGUGAGACUUUGCAACUAAAGAAAAAUUAUUUUGGAGUAGAUGUGCUUGAAAUGGAAAGUGACGAGAUUUCAUCAUCAGAAUCAGGCCAUAGUCGAAAAAUUCUUGCUCUAAAAUUUCAUCCUGAUGAUAGAGAUGUAAUUUUGACAGCAGGUUGGGAUCACACAGUAAAGAUAUGGGACAUACGAACUGACGGUGUAGUACGAACAGUGAGAGGGCCUUUUGUAUGUGGAGAUGGGCUAGAUGUCUUGGGUGAUGAAAUCCUUACAGGAUCGUGGGUUGCACACCAUUCUUUGCAGGUAUGGGAUUAUGCAAGUGGUAAAAUGAUUGAUGAACUCCCUUUUCCUGUUUCUGAUCACCAAGGAGAAUUUUUAUACUGCGCACGAUUUUGGAACUCUAAAACCGUUGUAGCAGGAGGGAGUGGGAGCAAUGACGUCAAAAUCAUCAGUAGAGAAACAAAAACGGUUAUUGACAGUAUUGAUGGAGAGAACCAUUGUGUUCAAGCAAUGGAUAUAAACAAAAAGACAAAGAAGAUUAUUUUUGGCACAUCUGGGAACAUUCUUAAGCUGGCAAAUAUUGAUUAUGAUGACUAGCCAUUCUCCACAUUCGCAUGAUCUUCACGUUUAGUUGUCCUUUCAAAAUUAUUCAACGUUUUCAUGUUUAUUCAGGGUUUUUAAUGCUGUGAAAGGUUUCAAAAUAGAUUCACCUGCUUUUAUGCUGUUAGCUGUAAUUAAAUUCUAAGUGAACAAAACAGAUCCUAGCUUAAAAAUCCUUUCGCAGAUAGACACUGUGGAAUCCUUUAUUUUGUUAUACUGAAAUCAGUUUUCUUUUGGCUACUUUCCUAAUGCUAAUUAAUUCCCUUUCAAAUCCCAAACUGUGAAAAUAUGGAAAUGGAGGAUGGAAAAGUUUUGAAACAUUUCAUCACAAUUUGUAUUAGGUGAAAGUAUAUGUUGAAAUGUUGGAUACAACUUUUAAUGUGUCUUUUUUUAUUUUUCUUUUUUUAAAUUUUGAGAAUUCUGUAUAAUUAAUACAUUCAUAAGAACGCUUACGUUCAAAUUCGUUCGAUAAUUGAUUCCGUUCAUGUCGUGCUUUUUGGAAUGAUUUUAUUGAAUUUCGACACGUUUAGACUCCAGCUUGUAUGUAUUUUGUUCUUAAAUUACAUCUUUUAAAUGCAUCAUAUAUUAGUUCAUAUUUAGAAUUUAGUUAUUGAUUCGAUCAAUUCUUUGCCUCCGUGAAUG